CAUAUUUUAUAGAUUAUAACUUAAAGCGGUUUAAUUGAAUUACCUCGACGAAAGUGACUCCUUCCAAGAUUUACUGUAACUCUACUGGAAAUCCUAGCCAUGGAGGAACUCUGCAAUAAUUCCGGGCAUUCGGCUACUUCCAGUAGUGGAAGUAACUCCUCAAUGUCCGCCAAAACAGCUUUGGGCGAAUGCUCUGCCGCCUGGAUAAACUACUUGAGUGCUUUGAAUAAUCUGUGUACCGCCGGCUCCAAAUUGGCCCAUUCAAUAGCGGUUCUAGAGCAGUGGUCUCAAACCGAAAAGCCAAUGUUUAAUAACUAUACUACUUCAUACCUCACGAAUUCAUGGAACGAUCUAGCCAGGGCAACAACUGUAGCCACAGGCACGGUAAAAACUCACAUGCUUGCUAUUCUACAGGACUUUGCCACAGGAUCAUGGGAUUUUGGAUUAAACGCAGUGGAACAGGCUUCCAAUGCGGAAUUGGAGCAGAAGCGGCUCCGGGAGCACAACGAAAUCAUCAUUUUGGAAAAUGCCCAGGCCGUAAUAAAUAUUCAACAUCAGUUCUGUGCCGCCAGCUACGAUGCAUUUUCGUCACUAACAUGCUGCUUUGUUUGCCAAGCCCCAGUGGGAUUUCCUCAUGAACAAGACUGCAGUGUAAUGAAGCAGAGAAGCCAAUAUGAUCAACGGUCACAGACACCAUCGCCGAACUUGUGCGGACCAAGUUCCAAGGUAGAAUCCUCCAGGGGAAACUCAUUAACCGACCAACGCCCAAUUGCCAGUGGAAUUUCAGAGCCAGCUCCAACUGAUCAACAACGUGGCCCAUCGCCUCAACUGCAUUUCUGCGAUUCAAAUCCUAUGCAGGCUAUUUUUGAGCACACACGCGGUCCCUUGCCAAAUCCUGGACAAUUACUGUCCAUGAAGAUGCCAUUUCACCGGAACGUCAAAUCGUCCUUAAGCUUUCCACUCUUUCCAUUAAACGGCCAGCGACGUUGGUCGGAAGCUGCCGCCGGAGAGGUGAUAGAUGGAAUCACUACGGACCCCGAGAGCCAGAUGAGACGAUGGUCAAUGCCAUGGGAGGCUACCAAAACGGACAAGAAUACUGUGACUUGGAACCAAACUAGAAUAAUGCCAAUGAACACCGUAAAGGCUGCCAGCUUCAAAAUGUCAAGUUCCGAACGUUAUACCUCUCACACUUCGGAUGGAGGAAACUGGCCUAUGCCUUUGUCCAGUCAAGAUGGAUUACUUGAAGCUAUUCAAUUGCUGUCGAUAAGACCAACCACAGUGGCUCAAGUAAGCCCGCAACCAUCACUGCUUUCUACAUCUCCCGAUGCUGCUCCACCAGAGCAGCCCUAAGCUUAAAUUUAUUUAUUUUAAUAAUAAGGACAACGGAUUAUUUAAAAAAAAAAACAAAAAAAAAAGAAACUAUCAGACAAA